UUACAGCAAACAAAGGAAUCGCAAGCAUGCAGGUUUUUGUCCGCCCAUAAUCAACUUAAACACGUUCAUGGACAAUAAACGUUACCAACCCUACAAUAUGACCGUUGAUGUAAAUACGCACGCCCAAAAAUUUAAAUAAAUAGUUUAUUAAAAGUUUUUUUACUUCCAAAACAGCGAGGAGAGCUGCAAACAAAACAUUUCGUCAGUCCUUUUAUUAUUUUGGAAUGUGCGUUGUUGCAAUAUCUGGAUAUCCCGAAGUGCACAGAGUUGUGGUAAAGAAAGUAAACAGAUAAUGAUCUCACUUUAAAGGCGUGACAAAAUCAAAAGGGCGAGCUAGACAACUUGCAUCAGCACCACAAUAUCAACCCUCUCAGUAAAAGCGGCGACACGGACACAUUUCGUCUGCUCUGUUUUGAAGGAGGUUGUGAACCGAAGCUCGGAACCCCGGACCACCGUUAAAGGGUCUCUGAACUGUGGGUCUACAGCGUCUUUUCCAAACGCCAGUUUUUAUUUUUUCCUCAUGGAGGAGAAACACCAGGCUGCUUUUCUUUAAGUUAACGCUAGUGAACGCAUUUUUGAACAAUUCCUGAGGUGAAAUUACACAAGGGCCCUCUCCAUGGAUAUAGACACAGAUUAUGAGCGACCUAAUGUGGAGACUAUAAAGUGUGUGGUGGUGGGGGAUAACGCGGUGGGCAAAACCCGGCUGAUCUGUGCCCGUGCCUGCAAUGCCACCCUUACUCAGUACCAGCUGCUUGCCACCCACGUGCCAACUGUCUGGGCCAUCGACCAAUACCGCGUGUGCCAGGAGGUACUAGAGAGGUCACGAGAUGUGGUGGAUGAGGUCAGUGUCUCCCUCAGGUUGUGGGACACAUUUGGAGAUCAUCACAAAGACAGACGCUUUGCUUACGGCAGAUCAGAUGUGGUAGUGCUGUGCUUCUCUCUGGCCAAUCCAAACUCCUUGCGGCAUGUCCGCUCCAUGUGGUUCCCUGAGAUUAAGCACUUCUGCCCCCGCACCCCAAUCAUCCUGGUGGGCUGCCAGCUGGACCUGCGCUACGCUGAUCUGGAUGCUGUUAACAGGGCUCGCCGGCCCUUGGCCAAACCCGUCAAACCCACAGACAUCCUGCCCCCGGAGCGAGGCCACGAGGUCGCCAAGGAACUAGGCAUUCCAUACUACGAAACAAGCAUCGUUGCUCAGUUUGGUGUUAAGGAUGUGUUCGAUAAUGCUAUCCGUGCUGCACUCAUCUCUCGACGCCACCUUCAGUUCUGGAAGUCUCAUCUGAAGAAAGUCCAGCAUCCCAUUCUCCAAGCCCCAUUCCUGCCCCCCAGACCACCACGUCCUGUGGUGGGCAUCCCCGAUCCUCCUCCAUUUGAUGGAGAAGGUCCGGACUCUCUCUUUUGCCAGACCUUGUGCGCAGAUGUCCUGUUUCUCCUCCAGGGUGGGACCACUCGUGUCUUCGCCCAUAAGGUGUACCUGGCCAAUUCCUGCUCUAAGUUCUACGACCUUUUUACAAUAGAUCUUGGGACGGCCGGUGAGGAGAAGGAGGGCGAGGAAAGCUCAGUGGGGAGUGAGGAAGAGGAGCAGAGCCGAAGAGGAGCCAAAGAACAGGCUGGGCGGACCAAGAGCCUAGACAUUGAUAAGGACGGUGAAGGAGGUACCAGGGGCUCUAACAGGCUGCUUAUGUUGCAGCAAGGCUCCUUGAGGACUUCACAGAGUGAUAAUGCUCUACCUGCCAGGAGCCAAUGCUCUAUGGGACCCCAAAGAGCUGGACGUGCUCUUUUGGGUUGGGGACGUGGUUUCUUAGGGGUCUAUUUGGAGAUGGUGGAUGACCCUGUGACAGGGAGACAAAGACUCAUGACUGUAGUGUCUAUGGACGAUCUCAUUCAGAAAGAGCCAUUCCAGGCAGUACUGCAGUACCUUUACACAGGUCACCUGGAUGAGGGGCGUGGGGACCUGAUGCAGGUGGCCACCAUUGCUGAACUUCUGGAAGUCUUCGACCUGCGCAUGAUGGUGGCCAAUGUGUUGAACCGAGAGAGCUUCAUGAACCAAGAGAUUACCAAAGCCUUCCACGUGCGUCGUGCCAACCGCAUCAAAGAAUGCUUGUGCAAGGGCACCUUUGCUGAUGUGGUGUUUCGAUUGGACGACGGAUAUCUGCCGGCCCACAAGCCAUUGCUCAUCUCAAGCUGUGAUUGGAUGGCAGCCAUGUUUCGUGGAUCCUUCAUGGAGAGCUACAUUGAGGAGGUGUCCAUUCCGAACACCACUUGUGCCUGUAUGAGAGCAGUUCUGGAGUAUCUCUACUGCGGUGUAUUGACACCAUGUCCUGAACUGGAGCCAAUCGACCUUAUAAUACUAGCCAACCGCCUCUGUCUUCCCCGCCUUGUAGCUCUAACAGAACAACAUGCCGUUGAGGAGCUGUUGCAGUUUUCCGUUAAAGGGUUGGACAUUGAUGGACAAGUGCUGGCCUACCUGGAGUUAUCUCAGUUCCACAAUGCCAAACAGCUCUCUGCCUGGUGUCUGCAUCACGUCUGCACCAACUAUAACAGCGUCUGUCGCAAAUAUCCCAAAGAGAUGAAGACCAUGUCUGCCGAAAACCAGAAGCACUUUGAGAAGCAUCGCUGGCCACCCGUCUGGUUCCUGAAGGAGGAAGACCGCUACCUUCGCUCUCAAAAAGAGCGAGAGCGCGAGGAAGAGAUCUUACGCAAGCAACACACUAAACGUGGAUGGUGCUUCUGGAGACACCCAUCUUCUUCCGCACCCCAUAUAUCAUAAAUGGUUAACUCUUUCUAUCAACCCCCUCAACCCUUCACUCAUCUCUGCCUCCGAGCCCAAAGGAACUCCGUUUCUACGUCUGGGCGUGUCCGACCCGGCUGCUCUGGGAAUUAUUCCGGGCCUCUCUGCCCCUCAUCUUCCCUCUCCUCGAUGGGCCUUAGCGGACGCCCACCACGAGCUCUCAGAGUACGUGUCAUUCAAUGGGGCUUGAAGAACAUUUAUAAUCUUUCUCACUCUCAACAUUACGUGUUUCACUGUGCGAAUGCAGCAGGUGUGAGGUCACAGCAUCAUGCCAUUUUUGCAAUGACCUGAUUUGAACUCUUAAAGACUGUUAUUAUUAUACAAGACCACACACACUAACACCAGCACCCUGUCUGUGCGCUGGCGCCCAGGCCGUCGGAUGCUGCAUGGUGCUGCUGUGUUUAGCUUUUUCUGUGAGACCCGUUUCUGGGAAACCCGUCAUGUUCAGCGCAUACAAGCUGAAACUUAGCUUAAGCUUAAUGACGGCAGGGAUAUACGAUUUUUUGGGUUGUAGUCGCCCUUUUUCAAAAUUAUGUCUCGCAAAAAUAUCUCCAUUUUAGAUCUUCCAUUGCCCCUUACUGGCUCUGAAUUUAGUUGUUCCUGUUUGUAAUAUUUGGUAAUGCGAUAGGCCAGGGGCAUAAACACAGAAGGGUAUUAUUUUCAGGUCUGUCACUCAUAGGCUCUAGCAAAGCACCAAAGACAGACACAAACUCAUUCAGACACAAACGCCUUACCAAAAUCUACUGAAACAGCGAGUGAACUAUUAGGGUUAUGUAUACCACUGCCGUGAGAGAAUUUGCAGCUAUAUAACAUUAAAUCGUUUUCUGUGACGUGACCACUACCAAGCUACUUGACUUGCUUGCCUUUCAACUUCACCACUGGGUGGCGCCCAUGCCUUCUGAGUUUAGAAAGUAUUAGCCACUUAUUUGUUUGUAAAUCAUAAAUCUUUGCAUCUAAGAAUCCGAGCAUUUAGUAGCGCUAAAUUCAAGCGGUUGGCAAAAUAACCAAAAAAAAUAAAUAAAUAGAUUGUGGUGUUUCUUAAAUCUGCCCCCUCUGUUAAAGGCAGGGUGCAUGAUUUUUGAAAAACACUUUGGAAACGGGAGUCGGGCCGAGUACCAAAACACACUUGUAGCCAGUCAGCAGUAAGGGGCGUGUCUACUAACAGACAUCGUUGCAUGGGUUUCGUAUGUGUGGGGCGGGUCUAUCAAAAGAAGGUCCAGAUUCUAUUGGGGCAGGGGCGUGUUUGUUUAGGUGAUUUCAAAUGUCAACAUUGGCUUUCAGAGAUCAUGCACCCCGCCUUUAAUGCUCCUUUUACUCUACCUCUGCAUUAACCAUACAGAGGAAGAAACGAUCAAUUCAUUUCCUGUAGUCUUUGAUACGUUGCAUUGUGAUGCUUCAAAAUUUCGAAUCUCACUUUGCACUUUCCUAACAAAAUCGGUGCUCAGGAUUUGCAUGCUAAAUUUUAUUCGACCGCUCACUCACCUCUCUAUACAAGUUUACCUGUUUGACAAUCUUAAUAACGAAACGGCUCAACAAGAGCUUCUAAACAUGCUUCUUUUUUCCGAAUGAAAGCUUUAUCUGACACUGAUAUUGUAAUAUACCAUUUCCUCCCGGUUUGGUUCCUCUUUACAGAUCUGUUUGCGCUGCGGUGCAGUGUUGAAUCAGCAUUGAAUCCGUUUGCUAGUCUGUCUGAAUUGCCUUCCAUUUAAGUACAUGAGUGCCUAUGACCAUGUUCCACUUUUCCUUGUACAGUCUUGGUGAAGCAUGUUCGUUUUGCCUGUUUCGUGCCUUUUAACGAGAGUGUUAUUAAUAGCUACUUUGGAGGUGAAUGAGAAAUCCAAGACAUUUCUUCACUGCACUUUUUUUCUAUUACUGGCUUCCUGAUUUCGCCUUCUCAAGAUUGCAUUCUGCUUUUCUCACCAGACAAGCUGAAAUCAUCAACAGCUACAAAAAUAGACGCGCACAGACCCCGAGAGGCCGAUCUGCAUGCUAAUAAUAUAGAAAUUAAAAACGAAUUUGGAGUCUGUAAGCAUUGCUUUUUCAAAGAUUUUGACAUUCACCUGUCCCUGAUGAAACGCCAAUGCAGUAUUUAUGAGGUCGGUGAUGUAAACGAAUGCCUUGUAGAAGCACUCAUAAAAAGUAAAUUUAAGAAUGUAUAACUUUACUGUUUAUUUGCAGACUGGUGCUGCAAAAAUUUUUUUUUAUAGUUUAUAUGAAACCAAAAAGGUACAUCGACUCAUGAUAAGUGCUUAGGAAAACACAAUUAGCAUCGAUAGACUGUACGUCCCAGGAUGGAAAGCUUUGUUGCCGUGGUGAUUUCGGCCUUGUUAGCACUUUGUUUCUUUUUGCACUUUUUUUGCUUCGUUUUGGUCUGCUUUUGAUGUGCAUGCCAUUGACUGUUUCUAAAACCAUGACAACUUUUAAAAAUAGAUUACAUUUUGUAGCAUGGAAUGGGUUUCUUCCAUUAAAAUGGUGCUUCUGACAGCCCUGUAUUUCUGUGCUUGCAUGAAAAAAAUCUUGCAUACUUUCUAUAAGACUUUGAUGUCUGCUGUGAUGAAGACGUCCGAGUCUUCCUACCUUGUGCUAUGCCUUCAUUAACUUGAGAUACAUGGCUUUUAAUAGUCUAGAAGGUUUAGAUGAUUUGUUUACCGGAGGUCCAAUUUAAGAAUAAAAAUUGGUUUAGACACUUGAAUCUAACAACUGCUAACAGUAUAACUGCUUGUUAAAUAUGCACUUUAGCCUAAAGUUAGAUACAAAAUGCUUUUUUGAUUCAAUUUAACCAAAAUCGUCCCAAAUGACAAAUUGUGAAGUAUUAACGAUGCACGUUUACAUGUAAGAUGAAUGGUUUAAGUGCCAGCUUCCGAGUCAGCAUGUAGUCAUGAAUAACGUUAAGCAGUCAGCGUGAACUUUUGUCUUGUUUUGAAAAAAAGCCCUCAUAAGCCACAUAAUAUGUUGUGAAAAUACAUAGUACUCUUCCUGGAAUCUGCUUCAUGUUCAUUAUUAGUGACACUUAAUAUUGUUCUAGGUUUGGUUAUUCAAUGUAAGUGUAUGCGUUGUACGGCAUAAAGAAAUGGAAGACGUCUCGAAAAGUUGUGGUCUACUCCUGUGUUACCUGUGCCUUUGAUUAACAAAAAGUCCUGUAAUUAUUCUCUAAUCGUACUUAAAUAGGCCACCGCCUUCUGUUUCAGUAAAGGUAAUUUUAGUAUGCAUAUAUAUAUAUGAAUAAAUAUAAAU